AUGUCGAGUAAUGCUGGUUUAUCAACCGUUUCUGAAUUAGUCAAACAAACAUCUCUUCUCAAUAAUCAACAAUUUACUGCAGCCAAGCAAGGUUUAGAAUUCGCUGAAACAGCAAUUAAAACAACUAAAUUAACUUUUGUAUCUCAACAAAAUAAACUUGAUAAUUCUUUUCAUAAUAGUAGUCUAACAAAAGAUGAUUAUGAUAAACGAAUAAAUCAACUUAAACAUCAAUUUGAACUUGAUUGUGCUCCUUGGCAAAUUUAUGUUAAAAAAUUAAGUCAUCUUAUUGAACAGUAUUCAUCACAAUCGGACUCACAAAAAACUAAUAAACGAAUAUUUGAACAAUCUUCAUCAUCUAAACAGAAAUCUUCUUCUUCAUCUGUAUCAAAACGUAGUCGUAUUACUUUUUCAUCAAGUAGUUCAGAUUCAGAUGUAUCUGAACCUAUUAUUAUUAUUCCAACAACUCAGAAAAAAUGUAAUUCAAAUAAAAUCAAACUUGAUUCAAGUACCAAUACAGAUCCAUUAGAACUUUCACUUCGUUCAUCUUUCCCAUCAACACCAAAUAACAUUCCAUUUACAGCUCAAACAAAUCAUAUUACACAACGAAUUCCUUUACAACAUAUUAAUGAAAUAGCUGCUAAACAAAUCGUUCUUCUUCAUGACGAAGGACAAUUAGUACGAUGGAAUGAUAUUAUCUGGCGUAUUCUAACUCAUUUUCAUGUACAAGAUCUUGGUAAUUUAGGUAUUCAACGUGCUGAUCAAAUCCCAUGUGUUGAUAAUCUCAUCCGAACACAAAAUAAAAUCAAUACGUAUCUUGAUGCUUAUACAUAUUGGUCAACAAUGGGUACAUUGAAUGAAAUCGAAAUUGAUUUAGCUCGUAUAUUCUAUAAAACAGAUUAUAAUGAAUUAUUAAUUGGUCCAAUAGAAAAACAACCGAAAAUCGAAGAAUUAUUUCGUUUACGAUCAAUUCGAAAUGAACAAAUAAAGAAAGAUUUCAAAAGUUCUGAUAUAUUAAAAUAUCUUGAUCAAUUUAUGACUAAAGAAUAUGCAUGGAAAACCGAAAAUGAAUUGAAUCUUGAACAUUUUUUAAAAUUUAUAGCUGAACAAGUUCAUGUCAAAAAUAUCUAUCAAUUAGGUAUUAGAAUAAAAAGUGUCUAUUUAGCAAGAAAUUGUAUUAAAGCGAUGCAAGCAAAUCAACGUAAAACAAUGGAAAUAGCACGAACAGAAUUAAAUCAAACAUUAAAUGAACUUGCACAAAAAAGAAGUGGAAAAAAUUUUAAAAACUAUUAA